AUGCCAGGACGUGAUGGCAGAGAUGGGGCCAAAGGUGAUAAAGGAGACAGAGGUGUUCAUGCCAUAGCCGGUGCGAAGGGGAAGUGUGGAGACAAUGGAGAAAGGGGCCCACCUGGCAAAAUGGGGCCCCAAGGCUUCCCAGGGCCACUGGGUUUAAAAGGUCAGAAGGACCACAAGGAGACCUUUGGGGCCCUGGGCAUUGGUGUUCAUGGUGAGAAAGGAACAAAAGGGGACGUUGAUGAGCAAGACCCAAACGGGGACAUGCCUGAGAUACCAAAAAGUGCCUUCUCAGCUACACUGAGCGAAAGCACCAAAUUACCUGCCGCUAACGCUCCAAUUCGCUUUGAUAAAAUCCUCUAUAACUGCCAGGGACACUAUGAUCCUGAGACCGGCCGCUUCACUUGUGCCAUCAGCGGAGUGUAUCUUUACUACCAUAUCACUGUGUACUCUCGCAAUGUAAAAGUGGCCCUGAUGAAGAAUGGUCAGCAAGUGAUCUACACUAUGGACAGCUACCAAGGUGGUGAGGCCCAGGCUGCAGGAGGAGCAGUCCUAGAAAUGGAAUCUGGAGACAAAGUGUGGUUGCAAGUGGCUGAUAAACUGCUAUUUAAUUGGUUAUACGCAGAUGAAGAUGACAACAUGAAUGGGAAUUUAGUGGUGCAAAACCAUGCUUUGUAA